GGAAACUGCAAGUACACGUGUCAUUUGUCCCGGCGUCGUGCGGCAGUAGUGCCCUUUCCUAGGUUGCGUAAACCGUAAAACGACCACAAUACCUUCUCUCAGAGAGUCUUUUCUGAUCCAACGGUUUAAAAGUUAGAAACCCAGACGCAACUUCGAUGAUCGUAAGGAUGAAACAAGGACGAGUGACGACGUUUGACGAAGGAAAAAACUUUGUGAACCAUUUAACAAAAUCAGGAAAAAACCCGACAAUUUUAUAUGGAUUUAUUAGUGAUAGCAAGCAAUCAUAUUAGUAUUUUGAUGCCCUUUAUCCAAUCACGAUUCCUUGUUUUUGAGCGAAUCACGAAAGACCCAUUCUUUUGUUGUUUUUGCUGGGUUCAAACCAGAAGAACAGAGUCAAUCCAAAUUUUUCUUUAAUUUCUUGCCAUUUUGUUUUCUUUUAAUUUCUUUUUUUUUUUUUUUCCGGGUUUGGAGCUGGGUCAGGAAAGAGGGUUGCUGUCCCAAAUUUUUGUACUGGACAAAAGAAUAUGCUUUUCCUGCCAAAAUUGGUUCUUUAGCAAAAACAUUCAUUUUCAGUAUUAUUCUGGUACUUGUAGUUUAUAUUCCCCUCCGGUUAGCCUCAAAAGCCCACAUGCUCGCUUUCCAUUCUUCCCUUUCAAACAAUCGCUCUCUGCUUUCCACACUCAGGAUAUAGGGGCUGGUCGGUUUGCUGCAAUUGGAAUUUAUGAGCUGGCAAUUGUCUGCAGAACUUUCAGUGAACUGAAUUGACUUGAAUUCAAGAUCAGUUAAUGGAUUCGGAUAAACAUUCUGUUGGUUUAUUAGAUACUCUCAAUAUGGAGACAGUUAGGACUAUUUUGACCCACACUUCUCCGUACCCACAUGAGCACUCCCGUCAUGCUGUGAUUGCUGUAGUUGUGGGUUGCUUGUUUUUUAUAUCUUCAGAUAAUAUGCACACUCUUAUUCAGAAAUUAGACACCAAUAUCAAGUGGUGGUCUAUGUAUGCCUGUUUGUUGGGAUUCUUCUAUUUCUUUUCAUCUCCAUUUGUAGGGAAAACCAUCAAACCGAGCUAUUCAAAUUUCAGUAGAUGGUAUAUAGCAUGGAUAUUAGUAGCUGCUUUAUAUCAUCUUCCCAGUUUUCAGUCAAUGGGAGUAGACCUGAGGAUGAACCUUUCUUUGUUCUUGACUAUAUAUAUCUCGUCCAUUUUGUUUCUCAUGGUGUUCCACAUUGUAUUCCUUGGACUGUGGUACAUUGGCCUUGUUGCUCGUGUAGCUGGAAAGAAGCCAGAAAUUCUGACUAUAUUUCAAAAUUGCGCUGUUUUAAGUAUUGCCUGCUGUGUCUUUUAUAGCCAUUGUGGCAACCGCACUCUUUUGAAUAAAAAACCAUUUGAGAGGAAGAGCUCAGGAUGGUUUGCGCUGUGGAAUAAAGAAGAGCGCAAUACAUUGAUCUCAAAGUUUAUCAAGAUAAAUGAGUUCAAAAAUGAAAUUUGCUCAUCUUGGUUUGCUCCUGUUGGAUCUGCAAGUGACUACCCUCUCUUGUCAAAAUGGGUUAUAUAUGGGGAGUUGAACUGUAGCAACGGCUCGUGUGCAGGAUCAUCAAAUGAUAUUUCCCCCAUAUACUCACUCUGGGCAACUUUCAUAGGCCUCUACAUUGCCAAUUAUGUUGUUGAAAGAUCGACAGGAUGGGCACUCAGUCAUCCCAUGUCGUUGAAAGAAUUUGAGAAGUUGAAAAAGAAGCAGAUGAAGCCGGAGUUUUUGGACAUGGUUCCUUGGUACUCUGGAACAUCUGCUGAUUUAUUCAAGACAGCAUUUGACCUGCUGGUGUCAGUUACCGUAUUUGUUGGACGUUUUGAUAUGCGUAUGAUGCAGGCAGCAAUGAGUAGAGUUCAAGAUGGAGCCAAACAGGACGAUCUACUGUAUGAUCAGUUUACCGAGAAAGAUGAGUUAUGGUUUGAUUUUAUGGCUGACACCGGUGAUGGUGGAAAUUCAUCCUAUAGCAUUGCGCGUCUUCUAGCUCAGCCUUUGCUGAGGGUACGGGAAAAUGGUUCUGUGAUUACGCUGCCUCGUGGUAACCUGCUCCUUAUUGGGGGUGAUCUUGCGUACCCUAAUCCAUCAGCAUUCACAUAUGAGAAACGGUUGUUCCGUCCUUUUGAAUAUGCUCUUCAGCCUCCAGCUUGGUAUAAGCAAGAGCAUAUUGCUGUUAACAAGCCAGAAUUGCCUAGUGGUGUGAGUGAAUUAAAGCAGUAUGAUGGACCACAGACUUUCCUAAUCCCUGGAAAUCAUGACUGGUUUGAUGGACUUCAGACGUUUAUGAGGUAUAUCUGUCAUAAAAGCUGGUUGGGAGGGUGGUUCAUGCCUCAGAAGAAAAGUUAUUUUGCUUUGCAGCUGCCGAAAGGGUGGUGGGUAUUUGGUCUCGAUCUUGCUCUUCAUUGUGAUAUUGAUGUUUAUCAAUUCAAAUUCUUUUCGGAGUUAAUAAAGGAAAAGGUUGGGGAAAAUGAUUCAGUGAUUAUUAUGACACAUGAACCCAAUUGGCUCCUUGAUUCAUAUUGGAAUGAUGUCACUGGCAAGAAUGUCACCUAUCUCAUACGUGACCACUUGAAUGGAAGAUGUAAACUCCGAGUGGCUGGGGACUUGCAUCACUACAUGCGCCAUUCAUUUAUUCCAUCAGAGAAGCCUGUUUAUGUGCAACAUCUGCUUGUAAAUGGUUGCGGUGGGGCGUUUUUACACCCCACACAUGUCUUCAGUGAUUUCAAGGAAUUAUGUGGAGCUUCUUAUGAGUGCAAGGCUGCUUAUCCUUCAUAUGAAGAUUCAAGCAGGAUUGCUUUGGGAAAUAUAUUGAAGUUCCGCAAGAAAAAUUGGCAGUUUGAUGUCUUUGGUGGGAUUAUAUACUUCGUCCUGGCAUUUUCGUUGUUUCCUCAGUGUAAACUAGAUCACAUUUUACAGGAUGACAGCUUUUCUGGUCACUUAAAGAGCUUCUUUUUCACUGUCUGGGAUUCUUUUCUUUACGUGUUGGGACGUUCUUAUGUAUCCUCAUUUGGCGCUUUUUCAUUGCUGGUGGCUUCAAUUGCUUUUGUGCCCAUCAAAGUCUCUCGUAAAAAGAGAGUAUUUAUUGGGAUUCUUCAUGUGUCUGCUCACUUAGCUUCGGCAUUGAUCCUAAUGUUGUUAAUGGAAUUGGGUGUGGAGACAUGUAUCAGACACAACUUAUUGGCUACAUCAGGUUAUCACACUUUAUAUGAAUGGUACCGAUCAGUGGAGAGCGAACAUUUUCCAGACCCAACAGGUCUUCGGGCACGUUUAGAACAAUGGACAUUUGGCCUUUAUCCAGCAUGUAUUAAGUACCUCAUGUCUGCUUUUGAUGUUCCUGAGGUCAUGGCUGUCUCUAGAACUAACAUCUGCAAGAAAGGGUUAGAGUCGCUGUCCCGUGAGGGUGCCGUGAUAUAUUAUGCUUCUGUGUUUCUUUACUUUUGGGUCUUCUCAACUCCCGUUGUUUCAUUGGUUUUCGGAAGCUAUCUCUAUGUCUGCAUUAACUGGCUCCAUCUACACUUCGACGAAGCCUUUUCAUCUCUUCGAAUUGCUAAUUACAAGUCCUUCACACGGUUUCAUAUCAACCGCAAAGGCGAUCUUGAAGUUUUCACCCUUGCUGUAGACAAGGUCCCGAAGGAAUGGAAGCUGGAUCCGAACUGGGAUGCAGAACCCAAACAGCAAGUAAGUCACCAGAGGAAGUUUCCAAGUAAAUGGCGAGCGUCGUCCCCUCAGCAAGAUCCUGUGAGCACCGUUCGCAUCGUGGAUCAUUUUGUCAUUGAACAAACGCAGAAAUCUUCUGAUUCAUGACCAUAUUUUGGGGAUCAUCAAUUACUCAUUGAUGCUGGUUUGUAGUAUAUCUUAGGUAGAAAUAUGGUUUUAGUAGUUGAUAUCUAACACAUCUUAGAGGAUUAGAUUAGUUUCCUUAGGGGGUUGUGCCUAAAUGUGGAAAGCUUCUUGUAACUAAGAACUAUAUAGAAGAGCAAACACAGAAUGGAAAAAAAAAUGGGCAGUGGUUUAUUAGCCAAUUUUUUGAGUUUCUGUGCGUCCUUGAUGCAAAUAUCUGUUGUCAAAGGGAGCAGUACAUAAUUUUCUCGAGUAUUAAAGGGCAAAUUAUAGUUCGCUUAAACCUCAGGGAUGUAUAGGUAAUAGUACCAAGGUCCAAAACGAAAGAGGGAAGCGGCGGGCCGAAUGUGCGAAUCCCACCAACUUUGGUCAACCUUAACCAUUUCCCCCUGGCGACAUGGCCCA